UGCUUGAGACAAAGAUCAUCACAUUUGUGAAGAAUGAGCUGCAAAGAUUUAAGAUGAUUCUUAGUCCAGAUUACCAAGAAGACUUCAAGAGAAAAGAUGAGGAUGAGAGUGAUGCCAGAGAAGGAGCUCUCAAGAUGGCACUACACUUCCUAUGGGAAAUGGAGAGAAUGGAUCUCGCUGACAAACUGGAAGAACAUGAGCUGGAUGUACUUUGUCGGGCUGAAUUGAAAAUACAUCUCAAGAACAAGUACCAGAGUGUGUUUGAAGGAAUUCCCAUGCAAGGAAACUCUGCAUUGCUCGACAAGAUCUACACAGAGAUCUACAUCACAGACGGAGGAAGUGGAAAAGUAAAUGUGGAGCAUGAAGUCAGGCAGAUUGAGUCCAUAUCCAAAAGACCAGUUGGAAAGGAAAGACAAAUCAAAUGCAGUGACAUAUUCAAGCCUUUACCUGGUCAAGACAAACCAAGCAGAAGAGUUAUGACAAAGGGGGUAGCUGGCAUUGGUAAAACCAUCUCGAUUCAGAAGUUCAUUCUGGACUGGGCUGAGGGAAAAGACAACAAAGACAUCCAUUUUAUAUUCCCAUUGCCUUUUAGGGAGCUCAACCUCAUGAGAGGCACACCACUCUCUUUGAUGGGUCUUCUUCACCACUUCUUUCCAGAGCUGAAGCAGUUAACCUUUGACUGUCAAGAGAAGUAUAAAUUAUUGUUCAUCUUUGACGGUCUGGAUGAAUGUCGACUUCAACUAAACUUUCAGAAGAAUGAAACUUGGACCGAUGUGACGGAUGUCACUUCAUUGGAUGUACUCCUGACAAAUCUCAUAAAGGGAAAUCUGCUUCCCUCUGCUCUACUUUGGAUCACCUCCCGACCAGCUGCAGCCAGCCAGAUUCCACCCGAUUGUGUUGACCUUGUCACAGAGAUCCAGGGGUUCAAUGACACACAGAAGGAGGAGUACUUCAGGAACAGGUUCAAUGAUGAGAGUUUUGCAAGCAGAAUAAUUUCUCACAUUGAAUCAUCAAGGAGCCUCCACAUCAUGUGCCACAUACCCGUGUUUUGCUGGAUCACUGCUUGUGUUCUUGUGGUGAUUCUUGGCUCUACAGGAGGACGGCAGCUUCCAAAAACGUUGACAGAGAUGUACACAUAUUUCCUGAUUUUCCAAAUAAAACAGGCCAGUCAAAAGUUUGAUAAUGUGCAUGAACUUGAGCCACAAUGGAACAGGAAUCUUAUCCUUGCUCUUGGAAAGCUAGCCUACGAACAGUUGGAGAAGGGAAAUCUGAUCUUCUAUGAAGAGGACCUGGAACAAUGUGGAAUUGAUAUCAAAGAAGCAGCAGUGCACUCUGGUGUCUGCACCCAGAUCUUCCGACAGGAAUCUGGAAUUUUUCAAGCAACAGUGUUCUGCUUUAUCCACCUGAGUAUCCAGGAGUAUCUUGCAGCUCUGUAUGUGUUUCUGAUAAUGGCAACUGAAAGGAAGAAUGUGAUCUCCACUCACAAACUUGAACAAUCCAUGACUAUUUUACACAAGAGUGCUGUGGUCAAAGCACUGGAGUAUAAAGAUGGGCGCUUUGACCUCUUCCUCCGGUUCCUUCUUGGUCUUUCUCUGGAGUCCAACCAGACUCUCCUGCAUGGCCUUCUGAAGAGAGGAGAGAGACAUAUUGGCAAUGCUGAAACAAUCAGUUACAUUAAGGACAAGAUCAGGGACAUCCCUUCAUCAGAGAGAGUGAUCAAUCUCUUCCACUGCCUGAAUGAACUGAACGACCACUCUUUAGUGGAGGAGAUCCAGAGCUUCCUGAGUGGAGGGACACUUUCUGAAGCCCAGCUCUCACCUGGCCAGUGGGCAGCUCUAGUGUUUGUGCUGCUGACGUCAGACCAGAAGCUGGAUGUGUUUGACCUGAAGAAAUAUGUCAGGUCUGAUGAAGGUCUCCGGAGACUGAAGCCAGUAGUGAGGGAAUCCGAAGCAAUUCUGCUUGAUAGCUGUGGGCUCAGUGAAAUGAGCUGUGAAACGAUGGCAUCUGUCCUCUGCAAAGCAUCAAAAGUGAAGAAACUGGAUCUCAGCCACAACAGUAUUGGAGAUAUUGGAAUCGAAAAACUUUGUAGUGGGCUGAAGAACUCAAACUGUGCAUUGAAGUCACUCCAGCUGGAGGACUGUGGUGUAACAGGCAAAGGAUAUGCUGCUCUCGCCUCAGCUCUCCAAUCAAACCCUUCACACUUGGAGGAACUGGACCUGAGAGGAAACGACUCUGGAGACUCUGGAGUAAAGCUGCUUUCAGAAUUACUGCAGGAUUCUGCCUGUAAACUUCAGAAACUGAGGCUUGAGUCCUGCAGUAUAACAGAAGAGGGCUGUGCUGCUCUGACUUCAUCUCUGGCAACAAACCCCUCACACCUGACACGUCUGAAUCUGAAUAAGAAUACACUUGGAGACUCUGGAGUGAAGCAGAUCUCUGCUCUACUCAGAAACACAGACUGUAAACUACAGAAGCUGUGGCUUGGUGGCUGCAGUAUAACAGAAGAGGGCUGUGCUACUCUGACUUCAGCUCUGGCAACAAACCCCUCACACCUGACACAUAUGAAACUGGAUGAUAAUAAACUUGGAGACUCAGGAGUGAAGCAGAUCUCUACUCUACUCAGCAAUCCAGACUGUAAACUACAGCAGCUGGGGCUUAGGAACUGCAGUAUUACAGAAGAGGGAUGUGCUGCUCUGAGUUCAGCGCUGAUUUCAACCCCCUCACACCUGACAGUGCUGGAUCUGAGUAGUAAUAAACUUGGAGACUCUGAAGUGAAGCAGAUCUCUACUCUACUCAGGAAUCCAGACUGUAAACUACAGAUACUGUGGCUUCAGUGCUGCAGUAUUACAGAAGAGAGAUGUGCUGCUCUGACUUCAGCGCUGAUUUCAAACCCCUCACACCUGACACAGCUGUAUCUGGAUGGUAAUGAACUAGGAGACUCAGGUGUGAAGCAGAUCUCUGCUCUACUCAGCAAUCCAGACUGUAAACUACAAAAACUAAGCCUUUGGUCUUGCGGUAUAACAGAACUGGGCUGUGCUCAUUUGACAUCAGCUCUGGCAUCAAACCCCUCACACCUGAUAGUGCUGGGUCUGAAUCAUAAUAAACUAGGAGACUCAGCAGUCAAGCAGAUCUCUGCUCUGGUGGAAGACCCAAACUACAGACUUGAGAAAGUAGAUUUGGAAAACACUGGGAAAUAGCCUCUAACUGCAGAUGGGGUCACCGGCGGGCCUAUUCACUAUUUGCUGAAAAUACUCAACAUCAUAACAACAUUGCUAUGACAUUACAGAGAACCUUUAGUAACAAAUUAAGUUAUAGCCAUUACAAUUUUGGUGACAGUAAGGUUAUAACAUACAGUAGGCUCUGGUGACAGUAAAGUUAUAACAUAGGCUCUGGUGACAGUAAGGUUAUAACAUAGGCUCUGGUGACAGUAAGGUUAUAACAUACAGUAGGCUCUGGUGACAGUAAGGUUAUAACAUGGGCUCUGGUGACAGUAAGGUUAUAACAUGGGCUCUGGUGACAGUAAGGUUAUAACAUAGGCUCUGGUGACAGUAAGGUUAUAACAUACAGUAGGCUCUGGUGACAGUAAGGUUAUAACAUAGGCUCUGGUGACAGUAAGGUUAUAACAUAGGCUCUGGUGACAGUAAGGUUAUAACAUAGACUCUGUGCUAAGGGGUUAAUUCAGAUCCAGGGGAACCACUGUCAUGCCAAAACCAAAACAGACUUCAUAUAUAUAUAUAUAUUGUAAUAAUGUAAUGUAUAUAUUUUCAUGUGACUGUAAUCACUGUAGUAUGCUUGUCCCUCUCUGUUUAUUAGAGUGAACGAAUAAAUAAAU